AUGUCGUUUUCAUCAUCGUCUAAAAAAUCUUGCCCUGCAGAUGGUUGUAACAGUGUGGGUAUUUUGAAAUGUGAAGGUUGUUCACAAAUAUUUUGUCAAAAACAUGUUGAUGAACAUCGAGAUUUUCUUAAUUAUCAAUUAGAUGAAAUUGCUCUUCAACAUGAUACUUUACAACAAAUGAUUACGGAACAGAAAAACAAAGAUAAAAAUUAUCAUCCUCUUCUCAAACAAAUUGACAAAUGGGAACAAGAUUCUAUAACAAAAAUUCAACAAACAGCAAAGGAAGCACGACAACAAACUGAAAUAUUAUUUGGUUCACAAAAAGAAAUGAUAUCGAAAGAAUUGCAUGAUCUUGCUGAAGAAUUAGAAAAAGCUCGAAUAGAUGAUGAUUUUGUUGAGAUUGAUCUUUGUCAAUGGACAAAUAUGUUAGAAGAACUUAAGCAUAAUGUUAAUAAUGUUAGUUCUUCGGCUAUUAUUAAUGAAGAUCCAACAAAAUUACUUGUAGCUAAUAUAUUUGUUUCUUCACCUAUACAACAAAAUUUCAACGAAGUUGAACAAUUUGGAAAAACUUUUGGUAAUGUUUGUAUUGCUGAGAAUGGUCAUUUGGCUUAUCAUUGUGGACUCGAGAAAGAUUUUGCAUUUGUACGUGGAAUGUACGAAUAUUCAUCUGGCAAAUAUGAAAUUCGAUUUGUUAUGAACAAGAAAAAUCCAACAAAUGUUAUGUCAUUUGAUAUUAUUUCAAAAUCUAUGCUCAUAUUAAAUAACAAAUUCAAUAUAGAAAAAUCAACUUUCGGCUUGUACAGCAAACACAAUACUUAUCGUUCCAUUGCUAAAUCGCCAUCCUAUGAAUGUUUUCUUAAUAUGGCUGAUGAAACGGCAUUUGAAAUUGAACUUUUACUUGAUUGUGAUAAUCAAAGAAUAACUUAUUUCAAUGAACGAACGAAAAAUAAACGAGAAUUGAAUGUGAAUAUUAGAAGAUGUCCAUUUCCUUGGCAAAUACUUAUUUAUCUAUGUGAUGCAGAAGAUUCUGUUAGACUUUUGUCGUCAAAAAAAUUACUUUGA